UUCGGACUUCAAUCCCACCCGGAUUGAAAUCCGACGGAGUUGGGGACAAAAAUUCAGACACCCCGUGAUCCGAAAGCCAGGUCCUGAAACCCCGAAAUGCCUACUCUGAUCCAGGGUUAUACAGAAUAUUAAUAUAACUUUGUCUGAUCUAUGCCGAUCGGCACAGAAUCUACCCCAGAGUCAUAGAUUACUGUAAUCUGUGACUCUUGUACCCCGAUGGGUCCUUUGUUAAUGUGGCUCCACUUAUCGGGGUGGAUCACCCGAUCACAGUCAAUCGGGGCCGACGGCCGAGCAAAUGGAGCAAUAGAUCCGACGCAUGAAAACUAUUAGACUAGACUUGGCAAUAUUGUAUACCCUAAAUCCAUUCCUUCAUCUAUCAGUCUUUAUAGAGAUAGACGACAAAUAACAAGAGAAUUAAGAUCCUCGUUUAGUACCUGCCACAGGGAUUAUAUGUGAAUUUUGAGUUCCAAUUUAGGUAAUGAUGGACAAAGUAGAGGACAUUAAAAAAAAUUUGAAUAGCCAUCAAAGUUUACAAGCUGCAGCCCAAGCUGCUGCCCAGAUUAAUGCUCAAUUAGCGGCUGAAGGUAAAAUUCAACUAUAUCAACAAAACGUUCAAGCUAAUAAUGGAUACCAGAAGAAGGAUAAGAAGCUUAAGACAGGGAGAAAAGAUCUUUUCAAUGCUGAAGUUGAAAUCAAUGGUCUUCCUCCUAGAGUACGAAAUCUACUCACCAAAGGAUACAUCCAAGAACAAAUCCAGUGGAAAUCAAAAGCUGCCUUGUGUACCAAAGGACGCUAUGUUUCUCCACAUGAAAAACUGGAAUUAAAUGAUGAGAGGCCAUUAUAUAUAUGUAUUCAGGCAGUAGACAAACGUGCUGUUGAUGAAGCUAUUCAUCACAUUCAAGAUUUCAUUGCUGAACACACAGGAUCUAGUCCACCACCUCCAAUCAUAUCCCCACCCCUUGUCCCAAAUCAUCCCCCUCCUCAAAUGUCUCUUAUAAGAGAUAAAGUUUAUAUUAAUCUUGACCAUGCACCUGAAGCCUUCAAGAUUGUUGACAGAGUGCUUGGUCCUUCUGGUGACAAUUUUAACUACAUUCAAGCAGAAACUGGAGUGAGUGUGUCAUUACAAGGACAAGGAAUGAGUCCGUCUAAUGCAAGUGAUGAACCCCAUCAUUUAUUACUUGAACAUGCUGAUCCAUCUGCAGUUCAAAAUGCCCGGUCGUUGGCGCUAAGUUUGGUUGGAACCCUACAGCAGGACUUCAUUCAGUGGCAGAGAGAACAACAAGCAUUGCAGCAACAGCAACUAGUUUACACGUUUUCCCAACCCUACUUCGGCGGGUCUUCAGCCCCUAAUGGAAAUUUCCAUUAUCCAGCCGUUGCCAUGGUAUAUGGUGUGGAAAAUGGCAUACCACAGGCUACGACUGCCAGAGCGCCACAGUUGGUACAAACUCAGCGAUAUACGAGAGGCUUGGCGGGCAAAAGGCCCUCACGGUUCGAUUACCAACAAUCCACAGGUGUGUUGCCUGUCCAACAAACAACAACGGCUUCUCUUAUUGAUCCUCAUAGGCUGGCGACGGAUUAUUUUAGACGUUCGAAGGAUGUGACUUUGUCUACCAACGCUGGCUAAUGUAUGAAACCUUUGACUUUACAGGGCUUGAUUUAGCUGUUUCACACCAGCCAGAAAACAAACGACCGAAAAUCUCUCAUAUGGCCUACUCUUGAUCGUUUUCGAUUUAUUAUGCUACAGAUUUCUUUUCAUGUCGUCGACCAUGUUAUGUAUCGGGUCCUCGUUUUAAGUCCGAACGCUGACAUAACAAACUCGCAGUAGUGAAAUUGUGAGCCCAACGAUAUGCUUGUCUCUUCUCACGGGUUAUUUUCCGAAUACAGCCAAUAAUGUGGUUUGAA